AUGCGACUCGCCAUGAAAUCCCUUACGACGCUGGUAUUCGUCGUAGAGAUCGUUGUUUGCCUCAGUGUAUGGUCUGGGUUAGCCCUUCCGGUUUAUCGUAGUGACCGCCCCCAGCUGGUGUUCGCAAAGCCGCCGCAGCAGCAGCAGCAGCAGCAGCAGCAGCAACUCGCCGCCGGGGUGCGUCUCGAACGGGCACCGCUGCACCCUCUCGACCAGAGGGUUGUUCAAGAGGUUUCCGGUGCGCCGCUGGGACAGCCUUCACUGCGUACAAGCGGCACGAGUUGUACGAGCGGUGCAGGUGUGGAGGUUUCCUGGACAUGGUUCAACCAGACCAGCGGUAUCGUUGUAUGGCAGUUCUACAAUCCGACUUCGAGUGAACGGGCAGUUGUUCUGAACCGCGGGGCGAAAGGCAACAAUAGUAUCAUUGAAUCGUACACCUUCGGCGGCGCCUAUACAUUCGCGUACCUCGGGAACGGGCUCGCCACGCUGGCCCCGGGGCCGUAUCCGACGCUGGAAGCAUCACCGAGCGUGUUGCCGGUCGCCAUUAUAGAUAAGAGCGAUCCGGAUAUUGGCUUUCUCUUCACUAUUCGUGCGGGUGGCACGGUAAGCGUCGAAGAGGGUGGCUUCGUGAACUUGGAACCGUUCUGUGACAGUGUACCUGACGUCUCGUUCGCGGAGAACGCCGACGUCAACAUCACUUAUGCAAAGAGUGUUAUGUGUGAAGAAUACUAUUUUCAGGAAGGUAGUUCGAAUGUUACGUGUUCUUCGAAUCCUUUGGUGACGACUUGGCCUAUUUAUCAAGUGGCAAACGGUUCCGUGACGGGACAGAAUUACAUUAUCAUGGACUCUAAUACACAGAUCGAGUUUUUGAACGUAUCAAACUCACAGGGUGGUUCAUCGUCGGGAUUCUCCUGCUUCCCGGGCGAUGCAACCGUCACACUGUCCGAUGGACAAGUCAAGCCCAUUCACCAACUCAAGAAAGGCGAUUGGAUCUAUACGCUUUCGUACGACGCCAAGGAUCGCAAGUGGUCCCGUGUUUCGACGAGAUUUCUCGGAUUCCUCGAUCACAAACCUGCAGAGCGGACUGAAUUCCUUCGGAUUACGCUGCACGGGACGGAUAGCGUUCUAGAGAUUACACCGGAUCACUUGUUGCCGGUAGUCGCAGCCGGUCCGUCCCCUGGUGAGCAACGUGAGCGCUAUAUGCCCGCUCGGCUGGUUGUGCCUGGCGCAUUCCUCUUUCUGGAGACCGGUGAGCUUGCCCACGUACGCAGCAUGACAUGGGUGCAACGGACGGGUGCCUUUGGACCGCUCACCGAGGCGGGAACCCUCCUAGUCGACGGGGUCCUCGUCUCGUGCUAUGCGCACACAGGGAGUCAUGAAGCUGCGCAUAUGAGUAUGUGGCCGUUGCGCGUUGGAUCCCGUCUAUCUCGCUGGCUGAACCCGGUGCAUGCCCGUGUCCCAGGGAGCGCUUGCGCAAGUACUGGUAUGCAUCCGUAUGCGCGUGUGCUGCUCGCUCUUCAGUACAUGCUACGCAUGUUCGAGCAUCCGAGAAGCAAACAAUACCUCCAUAAGCAUCAGCAUAUUUGGCUGUGA